AUAGAAUAGUCACAGUGACACUGAUCGAUCUCGAAAAUGUCUUCACAUAAUUCAGCCUCUGCGAACGAUCCACGUCAGCCAUCGACGGCGAAGCCCUUUGUGGCAACUCCAGUGGCUCCUCAAGAAUUGCCCAUCGAUUACGCUGGUUUCAUCGCCGUCGUUUUCGGGAUUGUCGGCGUCAUGUUCAGGUACAAGAUAUGCUCUUGGCUCGCAAUCAUAUUCUGUGCGCAGUCACUGUCGAAUAUGAGGAACAUCGAGACUGAUCUUAAGCAAAUUUCCAUGGCUAUGAUGUUUGCGAUCAUGGGCUUGGUGACAAACUACUUAGGGCCUGCUCGACCGGGCACAAAGGGUUGAGAUACCUAGAAUGGAGUCAAGAUGAACUAUGACAGUGUACCACAUUUUUUUUUUCAGGCGCUUGAUGUUGACAUUAGGUUCACAUUUUGUAGUUUUUGGGUUGGGGGCGGGAAGUGAGCUGUUAAUGAAAUUUGCUGUAUUGAAUAUGAAAAGAUACCAAAAUCCACUGAACUUCUACUGUUUUAUUUGCAAUUUAUCCAUGUUUUAUGGUUACCUCCAGUUUGUUUUCA